AUGCGCAAACUAACUCUGGUACUCCUUUGCGCCGCCUAUGUGGUUCGUUUGAAUUUCUUUGUUUCCAGAAGGCGACUUCUCGUCAGUAAAAUUACAUUUUAAUUUAAAAGGACUGUUCUUUUAUUAACUUUCUACAAGGCCUAUUUCUUCCAAUUUUUUUUUCCAAUUAUCAGAAGGGAAUUUCAAAGCCUACUGUAGGGUUACAAAAUACCUGAAACUCGAGCUUUGAAAAUUGAGCCGAAAAGCGCCAUUGCACAAAAUUAGGAAAAACUUCUCUUACAAAAAGAUGUGAUGGGGAAACUCAUGUUAAUGUUCGGAAACCCUUUUCAACUGAAACAGAAUCAUUUUGUGUUUCGUGAAGACGUUUCCAGACGUAAUCAAUGAUUAUCUCGAUUCAGGCGGCCAACGUGCUUUCCCGACAUGACACCGACCACCACAGGUGAGCUGAUAACAAUAUUAUGGCGUUGAAAUGAGGCUUCCAACUCCUGAACAGAUAGAUUGACAAAUGAUAUUUGAUCAGCAAUCCUCAAGAAACGUUCCCGAAAAAAAUUAUUCAGAUACCGUCGGGACAGUGGAGAUCUUCAUGGCUGGCUCACCGAGGAGCAAAAAACCGUCCUCAAAAAAGUCGGCCGAAGUCUAUCUCCCUUUAAAAAGAAGACCAUUUUUCAGUUGGACAUUAAGAGCCAAGAAUUUGUCGACAAAGUGAUGGAAUACUAUGGAGAACUUCCAAAAGAUCAGAAGGAAAAAUGGGACAAGAUUUACACAAAAGAAUGUAUGGACUGGGUAAAAGAUGCCGCCAGUGAGGCCGAUUACAAAGAACUGACGGAUCUUUAUGCCGCCAAGAAGUUCGAAAAGGCCGAGGAGAAGCUGGACGAACACACCAAUCGGCUGGAAAAUGGACAGAAAAAACAGCAAGUGCUCAAUUGGGAUGUGAGUCGUAUUUUCCAAUACUUUGUAAAUCUUGAAAUUGAGGCCCCAUGCAAAAAAUUGUUGCGUGGCGAGACUCGCUUCCGUCGAGAAAUCGACCAAAACUUUGCCGAAUUCGCAUCUUGGAUGACUGAAGAUCAACGCAAGAAGGUCGACGAACUCAAGGUGAUAGAGUUCAAAAAACAUUGAACUCACAAAAAAAGUGUAGGCUGCUGGAAAAGGCUUCGAAGAUAUUCACGAAGAGACCAAAAAGUACUUCCAAGAGCUUCCGGAAGCACGUCAAUCAGAACUGAGAACGGAGUUCAAACAGAAAUGCAAAGUAGGUCAAAAUAAUAAUGAAACUGAAUUAUUUUCAAAUGAAGGCCUACUUUGCGCCGAUGCUGACCUUGGAAGAGAAAGAAAAGAUAAAGACGUCGCUAAGUGCUGGAGAAAAGGUUUGAUACUCCCUCCAAAAGGUCUGAAAAAGAACUACCACUCAGAAUGCGGCGAAAGACAUCAUCUCAGAAGUCGUCAGCAGACAGGAGGGCGACAAGAAAGUCUUGGCCGGCAAGAUGCAGAAGGUUAAAAUGACAAAUGAUCGGAAAAACUGUUUUGACAGCUCUGCGAGCAAAUCUAUGAAGAGGAGAAGAGAAUGAGACGUGAUCUGGGGGAGAAGAUCUCGAAGCACCUCGGCUGGCUGAGCGAAGAACAGAAGGCCGAAGUGAAGGCGAUGGCCGACCGCGGAGAAACCAAAGAGCAGAUCCGGGCUCAUCUCUUCAAAAUCAUCGAGGAGUACGAGAAGAAUCCGGUUAAGAAGGAAGAGCUCAAGUUGAAGAUUAAGGUGAGAAUAAUCUGAAAUUGUAGAGCAACAGAAUGGUUCUCAAAUUACCGGAAAAAAUGUAUUUAAAAAAGUUAAAAAUACGCCUAAAAUGAAAAAAAAUGAUGAAUAAGACACAUUUUCAGCAAUGCUAUCUUUGGAUGGAACGCGUGGCCUCGAAAGAAGAAAUUGAAGCUCUGCACAAAAUGCACGAAACCGACCAUGACGGCUGCAAAAAACGCGUUCGCGAAUACAUCAAGCGUCUUCCCGUUGAAGAUCAGGUUAGCUCAAAAAUAUAAUUUGUAAGCGGAUAUGAAGUAUUUUUGUAAAUCAUUUUGAUUAUAAAUAAAAAAUACCAAUUUAAAACAAAUCUAAAAAGGCUUUUAGUUUUUACCGAUCAACCACGACAUACGGUUUUUACUGAUGGCUAACAAAUGAGACUCUUUUUUUCUGUACAUAAAAAACUUUUUGUAAAAAAAUGUUUUUUUCACUGUGAAGUUGAACCAGUUCCGUUCUCUCACAACUGCCUUACAGAAAGUCGUCGAAGACAAUCUGCCCUACUGCGAGAAACUAUGGUACGGAUCUCAUGACCACUCCAGCCAUGGCAGUCACGACCACGUCGGCCACGAUCACCACGGACAUCAUCAUCGUCGUCGGCGCCAUCUUUCUGUUAUCGACAAGUAUCUCGACUGGAUGGACGACUCCAAACGGGCUGAGCUGAAGGUUGUAGAAACACUCCUCAGCAAUCCAACACAAACGUCCUUGCAGACGCUAGAAGAGUCCGGCUCGGAUUUCGACAUCGUCAUCGAAAAAAUCCGAGAACAGUUCAAAAAACUGCCUGAGGAUAAGCAGAAAGAGCUGAAAGAAAACUUCAAGGUAUCGAAGAAAAAAUGAGUGGUUUUUAAAAAUUGAAAAAUUAAGAAUCGAUGCGUGACGUGGGCAAAAGAAGUUGCGAAACCUGGAGAGUGGGACGAGUUGAAAAAGCUACACGCGCAGAACGACCACGAAAACCUGCGGGAGAAGCUUUUCGCCCUGGAAUUCCGCCUCACCGAGAACCAGAAGCACACGAUUGAGCAUGUCCGCGACAUCUGCUACACUCUUUGGGACAUCAAACUGCCGUCUCGCGCAGUUCAAGUCACGAAUAAGGACGAGCUAGUGGUGAGCCGAUCCUCGCACAUACUUUUUUCAUUCUGAUUAUUUAAGUCGAGACGCCGCCGCGAGUACCUGGCCACCGAAAAGUACGAGAAGCUGAAGGAGUUCAUCGGAUGGCUAGAGCCAGAACAGCAAGAGAGCAUCAAGAAGCUGAUUGUCGACGGCAACACUAAAGACGUGUACAAAGAGAUCAUCAGUUACUUUGACGAGACAGAAGGCGAAAACAGAGCCGAAGCGAAGAAAAGUCUGCAGAACGCUUGCAAAUUUUACGCUGGCAAGAUCCUCGGCGAAGAGAACGCCAAGGCGAUGGUAGCGUUGAAAGAAAGUGGCGCAAGUCGCGACGAAAUGAUCAACAAGGCCAAUGAGAUCCUCAACGGCAUCAAUGACGCCGAGCACAAGGAAAAAGCGCAGAAUCUGAUCUACGGCUGCAGAAAGGCCUUUGAAGCAUCCCGCCGCCGAAGAGAAGAAUCGUCGCUGGACAUGGCCUUGAAAGAAUUCCUGACUUGGCUCACACCGGAUCAAGUCCAGAGCCUCAAAGAGCUGAAGGAGGCUGGGAAGAAAGACGUAAUUUACAAAAAGAUCAUGGGAUACUAUGACGAAACGACAGGUGACAUCCGUACGAAAGCCAAAGAAGGUCUUCAGAAUGCCUGCAAGUUUUACGGCAAGAAAACACUCGGAGAAGAGAACGUUGCGGCGAUCGGGGAACUGAAAAAGAGCGGAGCAUCCGCAGCUGAAAUGAAUGAAAAAGUCGACGAUAUUGUAGCCAAAAUCGAAGAUCCUGAGAAGAAAGCCAAGGCGAAGACGAUAGUCGACGGUUGCAAGAUAGUGUACGCUCCGGUUCGCCGCCGACGCGAAGAAAUGUCUCUUGACACGGCUAUCAAGGAGUUUCUGACCUGGCUCACUCCAGAACAGGUACAAAAGCUCAGAGAAUUGGAAGCAGAAGGCAAGAAAGGCGAGGUCCAAAAACAGGUGAUGGCCUACUUUGAUGAGACCGAAGGCGAGGUUAGAGCAAAAGCCAAGGAAGAGCUCAAGACAGGUUGCAAAUUUUUCGGAGUGAAAGUUCUGGGAGAAGCCAAUGUGAAAGCGCUUUCCGAACUGAAAGCAAGCGGCGCCACACACGAAGAAAUGAAGGCGAAGGCUGAGAAAAUCGUGGAGGAGAUCGACGACGUCGAGAGGAAGAAGAAAGCCCAGAAGAUAGUAGAAGGUUGUGCGAAAUUUUACGCUCCGGAAAAAAGACAUCGUCGGGAAGAAAUGUCUCUUGACACGGCUAUCAAGGAGUUUCUGACCUGGCUCACUCCAGAACAGGUACAAAAGCUCAGAGAAUUGGAAGCAGAAGGCAAGAAAGGCGAGGUCCAAAAACAGGUGAUGGCCUACUUUGAUGAGACCGAAGGCGAGGUUAGAGCAAAAGCCAAGGAAGAGCUCAAGACAGGUUGCAAAUUUUUCGGAGUGAAAGUUCUGGGAGAAGCCAAUGUGAAAGCGCUUUCCGAACUGAAAGCAAGCGGCGCCACACACGAAGAAAUGAAGGCGAAGGCUGAGAAAAUCGUGGAGGAGAUCGACGACGUCGAGAGGAAGAAGAAAGCCCAGAAGAUAGUGGAAGGUUGCGCGAAAUUCUACGCUCCGGAAAAAAGACAUCGUCGCGAAGAAUCGCGGUACCAAGUAGCUAAAAAAGAGUUCCUGACGUGGCUCACAGCCGAUCAGCUGCAGAAACUCGACGAGAUUGAUGAGAAAGGGAACAAAGAUGAGAUCUACAACCAAAUUCUCGCUUUCUACAAAGAAGCCAGCGGCGACGUCAAGCAAACUGCAAAAGAAAACCUUCAGAACGCCUGCAAACACUUCGGGAAAAAACUCCUGGGAGAAGAGAAGUCAAAGACUCUCAGCGAUCUGAAAGCAAGCGGCGCUACCAACGAGGAAAUGUACAGCAAGGCUAAAGAACUCGCUGACAGCAUCGAAGACCCCAAAAACAAGAAAGGAGCGCAGAAGCUGGUCGAAGGGUGCAGGGUUGUGUACGAGCCGACGAAGAGGCUCAGACGUCAUCAUCACCACCUGACGCUGGAGACAGCCCUCGACAAAUAUCUCACUUGGCUCACGCCAGAACAAGUUCAAAGCCUCAAGGACUUGAAGACAGAGAACAAGAAGGAGGAGAUCUACAAGAAGAUUAUCGAAUACUUCGACCAGGCUGAAGGUGGCGUGAAGGAAACGGCGAGAACAGAACUACAAUCGGCCUGCCGCAGCUACUUCACGCACAUCUUAGGGGAGGAAAAAGCCAAAGAGUUGAAAGAUUUGAAGGAAAGCGGAGCUACAGACGAAGAAAUGGGCCAAAAAGUCAAAGAAAUGGUUGACGCCAUUGAAGAUUCCGAGAAGAAGGAGAAGGCCAACAGACUUUUCGUCGGCUGCAAGAAGGUCUACGCUCCAAAGCGCCUCCGCCGUGAACUAUCGGUAACUUUUUUUUUUUUUUUAUAUAAAAAAAUAAAUUCAUGCGAAAUGAAUCAGUGAAGCUCCGAGAAACCAAACUAAAAGAUUUACUUUCAGUUCUACGAUCAAUUCUAA